AUGCCGGAGCCAAUGCUCGCCGUCGAGGACCACAAGCUCUCCCGCGAGACCAAGGCGGUGCCGAACCUGCUGCCAUGCCGCCUUCACCACACCGGCUCUGCUGCUCCGGUAUCCGAGUACUGGACCCCUAUUCAAGCUGACGAUUCGACGAGCAUAGCCUAUUUCCGCGGCCGAAAGCUUCGAGGCCGCACUCUCCCUCUCCCCGACGACUACCAAGGGGUCGUGGUGGAGCGCAAGUCCCAGGAGCAAGCGAACAAACAAUCCCAUCCUCAAGAGCACGACCAACAAGGCGCCGGCGGUGUGGAAACCGACACCCUGCAAGUCACCACUCGUUUCGACAAGGUGCUCGUAUGGUCUCACGAGGCCUCCACCGAUCCUGCAACUGAUCCAUAUGUCAGGGGCAUGGAUGAAUGGCUGCAAGUGGCUGGCAAAAUUCAUUCGUUUACGGAGCCAGACAAGGCAGCUGUGUCGCCGGACGGAGGGGGACUUGGCGCAGUCUGA